UACUGGAUUUGUUUUUUUUAAUUAUUUUAAUUGUGUGAAGAUAAUAUCCUGGACUGUGUUGCGUGUGGUGCUGCUCAUCUGCCAAUUACAAAAUCAUACACACACGCACCACUCAGAACACAGUUGAAGCGGUGUCAACCAGCCGGAUGGGUUAGUUGGGUGCGAAUCGGGCGCCAAGAGACAGUGAAUCAGUUCCACCACACGCCGUCUUGGUGGACCAAAUAUCCCGCCGUGUUUUUCCGCGCUUCAAGCCGUAGUGGGCGACCAAUCGUCACAGGUCGCCUUUAUGGUGGUUUCCGAAAGGCAGCAUCUAUCAAACGGAGUGUGAUGCAGGUUGCAUCAGCAACAAGCAAACAACCUGUUCUUUGGUGUGGUGAAAGUGCGUGUGUGCUUUAUUAGGUGGUGCGAAGGACUGGUGGCCGAGUGUACCGCAUCAGUGCAGACAUCAGCAUGCUUCCGGUGCUUAGCAGCAGUUUUCACUACUCGAGUGGAUUUAUUUGUGUGUUUGAGUGUGUGCGCGAAGGAUAACCGGAAGUGGCGAGCAGGACGGGAUCGAACUUUUUUUUUAAAUUGAUGCCAAAUUUUCAAUCAAACCUCCAUUAUCCAGCCAAACAAUCAGCGCUCAGUGGUUUUGCUUUUAAUUGGAAUACCAGAAAUAAAAACCCAACAGAACAACCCCUCUACUCGUGAGUCUCGGUGCAAUUGCGACUUUUUUUUUGCCACCAUUUUACAACACUGACAGGAUAGCGACGAAUAUAUAGCAAACAGCGUGUACUUUCUACUACACAUCCCUUACCAACCUCCAAUGCGUUUUUCGAGGCGUUUUUUCGCGUGCUGCUUAGACCGAAGGGUACAUUAAUUGAAUAGAAAGAGGCAUUACACAAGAUAAAUCGGCGAGAGUGUGUGUGUGUGCAUCAAGCAAAACUACAGCCCUGUCGGUCGAAUAUCAAUCAACAAACGAUCAUACGCAAGCACGCCAGUCUUCCUGUGUUAACGCCGGAAGAUCAGAGUACAUCAGGAACAGACAUCAUCCUUCCAGUGCGUGCCUGUGUGUGUGUGUGUGUGAAGAGAGAAGUGCGUUGUGUGCUGCCGGUAUUGUGAUCGUGCGUGUGUGUGUGUGUAUGCGAAAAGUGGUCUCACUGCAAGGAUCAGCGAAGGGGGUGGAGGUGUGGUGUUGGCAGAAGCUGCUCCCGUCAGUCUGUCCGUCUGUCAGCUGUCAUCCUGUCCCCCCCCACACACACACAUACCGACUUAGACGUGGGGGCGUCUGAAGGGACGGCGAUGAUUUAAAAUGUUAGCCACCGUCCCCAGGAACGCCAGGCCGAGAUCAUCGCGUAAGCAAGUGGUUCCUUCGGGGUAGCAUCACCAGCAUCAGCAGAGACAGGAGGAAGAGCGGACAGGAGAAGUGUGUGUGUGUGUUUAGGUGUGGUGGGUAGGUGUUCACACCACAGCUGGAAAAGAGAAGAUCAACCAGCAACAAAACCCCCGGAGAGCUACAUACAGAACAUCCCCGACUACUAGGGAAAACAUCAGCAGAGAAACACCCGCCACCAUUUUGUUUUGUUUUGUUAGUCUUGUUCUUGUUCCGGAAGAAAAGGAAGUUACUAUUACCCGGAAGAGAGCGGACAUCCAUACACACACACUGCAGGAAUCCCGGACAGAAGGGUGUCCCACGUCCCGCGUGCGUGCAGAGUGAUUCGAAUAUCCUCUGGAAGUCGCCAACGCCCUGCCGUCGCCGCCGCCAGAUUCGGAUGAGCGUGUGUGUCCCGAUCUGGCGGGAUCGUUGGCGUCAGAGGUUUUUUGGACUCUCCGGCAGGUGUCUGUAGAGAGAUCACCUGCCAACCGCAACCACCUUGCCAGCAUCGCCAACUUCGAACAGGCCCACACCCCACCCCCAUUAGACCAGAACCGACAACGCACGCCUGGUGAAGUUCCCAGCACAACAGUGGAAAACAAUCAAGUGUGUGUGUGUGUGUGCGUGAAGCGUGUGUGAAGUGAUAUCCUUCUCAUCUCAACAACCCAAACAUCCGUGGAAGGAUCUCCAACUCUUCAAUCAAAAGAAACUGGCAUCCUGGCGCUGCUCUGAGGCUUUCGGGUGGACCACCACCCUGAUCACAUCCUCGCCAGUGUUUCAGACCGGGAAAAAGAUAUAGAGACACCACGGGUCCAUUGCGGUGCUGUCUCUCCUCUGCCAGAGGGGAGAGUACGUGAGCGUGCCCCCAGUGUGUGUAUGUGUGUGUGAGUGCAUAUGUGUGUUUGUGUCCGUAUAUUUGCAUCGAUCUCCUUUGCGCGCGCGUGUGUGUGUGCGCGAGUGUGUCAACCCCCCAUAUAUGUAGUAAAAGGUGGGGGGGCUUAAGCGCCGCGCUAUAUCACCUGGGCAGGUGGUACCGAAGAAGAAGAGGCUGCCCUCAUAGAAACUGGACCUCGUUUUGUUUUGGUGUUUGGUUUGGUGGUGUGUCCUCAACCCAAGAAGUCAACUCCUCGUUCGCGGCCUCAUCGUUACACCGAGCGUGCGACUCCUCCACACAGACUCCACAAUCAACCGAACAACUCCUCUUCCCACGCUCCCAGCUAUAUUAGCAGAAAAGGGCCACGUGCGCUACGCACACUGUGUCAUCUGUCAUUUUCUGUAAAAGUGGCCAGCGAAGGUGCAGUCAGUGCUCAGGGCAGCUUCUACACAGGCUGCGCUCUAUCAGUGCGUAUCCACCAGCAUCUGCAUCGACAGCAUCCCUUUUACGCAACGUCCUCCAGGUGAGCGUCCCGAGUCCAACAGAGCCUCCUCCUUCCGGGAGCUACCGAGUCAGCACGCCACUCUUUCACAUCCGGCGCAGCAUCCAACCGGCACUCGGGUGGGAGUUUGCCAAUCAUCACCCACCUUUCAUCAACCGCGGGACCCGCGUGGUUCGAUUUUUUUUCUCUCUCUCUCCCAAAAUCGCGACUCGUGUUGUGCGUGUGUGUGUCCGUACGGUACCGUCGUGCGUGAUUCUCUUUGUGUGUGCUUUUUGGUUUGUUGUCUUUUUUUUGUUGGAAUUGGUGUUGUUUUCGUUGUGCUGCGUCCAGAGUGCGUCCUGUCCUGACUUCGCUCGUCCCGUCGCCAGCACGAACCCAGCUCGACCAUCAAGCCGCGCACUCCACCGUACGGGUCCGGCUUUGCCCACAAUCAACCGAACGUUAUAUAUGGAGUGCUGGACGGGUAACGCCCGCUUGGCGAAAUUCUUCGAUUAAGCAGCGUAAGCUGUCACCGACAUGGGCAGUGAUCAUUACUGCUUAAGGUGGAACAAUCAUCAAUCCAACCUUCUCGGGGUGUUCAGCCAAUUGCUCCAGGACGAGAGUCUGGUGGACGUUACACUCGCUUGCUCAGAGGGCACCUCCAUCCGAGCCCACAAGGUUGUACUCUCGGCCUGUUCCUCGUACUUCCAGACGCUGUUUCUCGACCAUCCGGCCCGGCACCCGAUCGUCAUACUGAAGGACGUCCGUUUUGCCGAGCUGCGCACGCUGAUUGAAUUCAUGUACAAGGGCGAGGUAAAUGUCGAAUACUGUCAGCUUUCGGCACUGCUAAAAACGGCCAAAUCGCUCAAGGUCAAAGGUUUGACGGAAAUGACAAAUCAGAGCAGCCCGCUGACGGAGCCGAAACUAGAACCCGAACGACUCAGACCCCACAGCAGCAGCCAUGGUGCCGGUGGUGGAGGAGGAGGUGGUAGCAGCAGCAACAAUGGUGGAGGCAGCGCACUGGCCGCAUCGGAGGCCAUCCUUCCGACGAACCUGUCGACGACGUUCCCGUCGGCGACACUAGCGAGUAGCGGCAGCGGUGGUGGCGGCGGCGGCGGCGGCAGCAGCUCGUCCUACAUCACCACCACCUCCACUAACACUACCACCACCACCACCUCCACGACCAGUGCCAGCAGUGAACCGGAUGGUGGAGACAGGCGGUCCACGAGCUCGCCACCCCAUCAGCACCACCUUCAGCAUACGCAGCAGCAACCGGGAGAGCUACAGCAACAACCACACCCGCAUCAUCAUCACUACCCGCACCACCAACAGCAGCGUCUGAGUUCCUCCGGGUUGGGCAGUGCAGGUCAGGUCACCUCCGUAAGCUCGCACAGUAGCAGUAGUAGUAGUGGCAACAGCAGCAGUAGUACUACCACCACUACCACCAGCAGUAACAUCAGCGGCGACCGUGUGACGGAUCUGUCCACUACACUUGGCAAACACCGGUUCCUAGAGGCCAGCAGCACGGACGUUACCUCGCGCGUUACCACGAGUCGCCCGAAGCUAUCGCCCACGUCCGAGGCGGUCGCGUCCAUCGCCAGCACUACUACGCCCCUCUCACUUACCCGGAAGCACCGUGACACGCUCGGUGCGAUUAUCUCAGCCACCACAGCCUUAUCCUCCUCAUCAUCGGCCACCGUAUCUUCGUCGGCGCUGCACGGUGGCAUCGGUGGUGGCAAAGCGUCGAGUUCCUCGUUUACGUCGGUCGCAGCACUAGCAGCAACCGCAGCAGCACCGACCUCAACUACAACAACCACCGCGGCAGCAUUGGCCGGCGCGCUUAGCACUACUACGGUUAUUCAAAGUCCUACUGCAUCCGGUGAUGGUGGUAGUGAAGGUGGCAUACUCCCUUCGCAGCUGGCAGCUUCCGCUGUCAGUAGCGAGGACACCAGCAGUACGCCACUGAUGCACGACCCGGACGAGGAUGAUGACGGACAUCGGGAACAACAGCAACACCCGCAGCAUCACGAUGAACCGACGGUGGAGGGGGACGGACGGGACACGCCACCAACCACUACCACCACCACCACGCUAGUUGCGGACGCUGAGGGUGACACUGGUUCGGUGUCUGCUGCGAGGCCUGCGAUUUGCACAACAACCACAACCAUUUCUAGCGGCACCAACCAAAGUGCUCACCACCACCAGUCGGCGGGAAUGGGGACGAGAGUAGGCUCGCCACCGUCCGGGAGCGGCGGAGAUACGGACGAGCGGCCGGACGAACCGGACGAAACCCAGGUGACGGCAGUGGCAUGUUCCUCCUCUACCUCGACCGUUGGCACCGAACAGCCGGUUCUUCCUCCCAGCAGCAGCAGCAGUAGUAGCACGCCCGGCAAUACAACGGCAAAGCACGAGAGCAGCUUCGCAACCGUUGCCUCAUUGAUUGCGGACAGUAGUGCUGGUGGUGGUGGUGGUGAUGGUGGCACCGGAAGUCCUACUCGACAGCGAAGUAUGUCCCGUAGUCCGCUCGGUAGCGAAUCGGAGGAGAUACGACGCCCGCCAAGCACGAUCAGCAGCACUGACAUACUACCGAUGGCAACCGAUCUCCGUACGGCGGACGAGCAUCAGCCGCAUCAUCACCACCAUCACCCGCUACUGCUGCGGGAUGUGGCGAUGGUGCCAGCAGACUACGAUGAUGACGAUGAAGACGAGGAGAGUGACGAGGUGGACGAUGGUGCGGCAGAGAUGCUAUUGGCGGCUGCCGCAGUUGCACAGCAUGUUGUUCGUGGUGAGGUACGUGAAGAAGGGGCAGAUAUCGGUACAAGCGUGGAAAGUGCAGGGCGACGUCGACGCGCCUUGACUGAAGAGGACGAUGCGGAGGACGAUCAUCGCCAACGACACCACCAUCACCGGACGACGGCUUCGACGCGAGCUGCCGGUGCAAACGAUGACGAUGUGGUGGUCCCCGAGGACAUUGAUGGCGAUGACGAGGAUGACGAUGAUGAUGAUGAUGAUGAGGACGACGAUGGCGGUGGUCCGCACGAUCUGCACAUCGGCAGUACGGGCAGUACCGGGAGUGCCGGGAGCGGGGGCGGUGGCGGCGGUCUGCUUGCCCAAAGUCGACAUCACCAGCACCACCUGUUGCAUCUGUCCUCGCAUCCGCACCACCAGCACCAACAGCUCCAGCAACAUCUGCACCAACAUCAGCAGCAGCUAGUGGCGGCAGAGUUGCUACGUUCCGCGGAACAGCAGCAUCAGGCGCGUCAGCGGCAGCAGCAACGCAGGCGUCGCUCAUCCGAAGAUGGUGCUACGGGUCGGCAAACCAACAACAGCAGCAGCGCGACGAACAACAACAACAGCAGUAGCUUCAACAACAACUCAGACGACGAAUAUCAGCCGCCGAUGAAGAUCAAGAACGAAGUCGACUUUUCGGCGUUCUCCGGUCUCAACAUGACGAUAAAUGCGGCGAGUGCAAAUGCGAACCUGUCCGCAGCACUGAACUCAUCGCCGACGGCCGGCCCCGGACCCAUACUGCUCGCCACCGAUCUGCGGCCAGCAUCGCGCGGCGGUGUAUCCGCGUCCAGUGCGGAAGCACUGACCGUCGGUAAUGCCUCCGCCACUGCAUCCUCCGCCUCCUCGGCCGCCCAGAGCGGGAGUAAGAAUGGGGAGCAGCAGCGGGAGCGUGAGCGGGAUCGCGAACGUGGCUCACCGCAGCAUUCGCUGCAACAUCACCACCAGCGGACGGCCGUGGCUGCGGCGACGGCGGCCGCACUGGCUGUGUUUAACGCGAGCGGUCUCUCCAGCCCGCUGUCCGAACCGAUCGCAGGACCAUCCGGCAUCAUGGGACCGGUCCAGCAAGUGCCUCUGUCGCUGAAGAAGGAGAUCGACUGGGGCGAUGACAAGUCGUCGGGCGAAAGCUCACUGGACUUCCGUCACGCGCAUGACUCGACACUCGGACGCUUCCUGGUGGGACAGAGUGGAUAUCCCCGGUCGGGCAUCAAGUCAGCGCCACCUGCCGGCAUCAUUGGUUUCCCGGGUGCUGCCGUCGGUGCGAUCCCGUUUGUGUUUCCGUUUGCCCCGCUCGGGCUCGGUUUGUUCGAUACCGAUCCGCAGCGGCUUCUGUCGAUGCUGCACCACCAGUCGGCACUGGCCGAGGAAGCGCUUCGCUACCGUAGCCUGCUGUUCGGUUCCGCUGCCGGAGAUGGUGGACCAACCGGUUCACCAGCGGCAACCUCAUCUCACGCACCACUGCUGGACGAUUGUAAGGAACCGCUCAAUCUGCACACUACAACGGCAACCACCACCUCCACAACCAGCACCGGUCACACGUACGACCAUCAAGAGAAGGGUUCGAAGCUGGCCGGCACCUCACCGAAGGUAGCGAUGACAAUGAUACGCGUGCGCGAUGGACUUACGAAGGAAGGUUUCCGCAAUGGGGGUGGUGAGGAUUUGCUACUGCGCAAACCACCACACCCACCCCCACCGACACCUUCGACGGCCACCAGCAGUUCGUUCGCACCUUCCUCAUCCUCGUCGUCGUCCACCUGUGACGAGGCACUGGCACUGUUUCACGAUGUGCAUCAGCUGAGCGGUGGCUCACCAACACCGGCCACGUCCGGCGGCACACCAUCACCGGCCACCGACACCAAGUGUCACAUCUGCAUGGCCAACUUUCCGUCCGUGUGGCUGCUGGAGCAACACUCGGCCCUGCAGCAUCCGCAUCUGACGAUCCACGACGAUAAGCCGUACCUGUGCGGGCUCUGUGGACAGAAGAGCCGGUACGCGUGCUGCCGCUACCGUACUGUGCUGGCCAAACAUCACCGUACCGAGCCGGGCGGGCGUAGUCGCGUGCCGGCCGAUAAGCUAUUCACGUGCGACGUCUGUGGCAUGCAGUUCCGGUAUCUGAAGUCGUUCAAAAAGCACCGUCUCAACCAUGCGCUCGAGCGGCUGCAUGGCAAGAAGGGCACGGGUGCGGUCGGGACGAGCAGCGCCGAUAGUGAGCCGGCCGUGUCAAGUACGAACGAGGGUAACGAGGGUGUUGCCGCGGCCAGCAGUGGAAUGGUAGCGGAUCUGCGCAGUUUGACAGCUUGCACGGACGCAGAUACGGAGAAUCUCGUCGGAGAUGGUGGACCGGAGAAGACUACUCCGGCUGCGGUUAGUAGUGAGAUGCCUGGUAGCAGCACGAGGACUGGUGGGGAAGAACAAGACGACACGGUGUCCGAUUCCGCACUGAACAACCAAUCGGCCACGGCAGCGGAUUCUGCUGGAACCGGCGAGGACACACAGCCCAAGAUUACCAGCAGCAGUGCGACCAGCACGACGAGAAGCGCUCCAACCUGUCACAGCAACGGCAUUUCGGCCAACCAGUGUACUAAUGGUGGCGGCAGUGCAACGGUUGGCAGCUGUCAGGCGAACAGCAGUAGCACAGGCGGCCGCAUCGUGCAGUCACCGAUGGAGACGGCGGCAAACGAGGCACUGCUGACGGGCGAACUGAAGCGCUAUCAGGCAGCAUCGGUUGCGGCGGUUGCUGCAGCUGCCCAUCACCAUGCGUCCGUAGUGCGCUCGAUGGAGGCAGAGUCCAGCAGCGCUCAUGCACCUGGUGCCAGCAGUAAUAGUAGUGGUGGCGGAGGGGGUGGUGGUAGUAGUGGUGGUUGCACCAGUGGAGGUGUACAUCAGCAUGGCCUUCCACCGUCCGGCAAUCCGGCAACCGGACCGAACUCACUGAGCCACACGCUCAACAGUCUCAUCAACGCGGAAACGAUACCGCACCAUCGGCUGCUCGGGCUCGACCCGCAGGAAGCCUCCAUACUGAACUUUCUGCGCGUGGAUGCCGCCGAAAAGCAGCGCGACCGACGGUUCGCCUGCCCGUUCUGUGGGAAGUGUGUGCGGUCGAAGGAAAACCUGAAGCUGCACGUCCGCAAACACACCGGCGAGCGUCCGUUCGUGUGUCUGUUCUGUGGCCGCGCGUUCGGUGGCAAAUCGGACCUGACGCGCCACCUGCGCAUCCACACCGGCGAGCGGCCGUACCACUGCGAGGCAUGCGGCAAGUGUUUCGCCCGGGCCGACUACCUCUCGAAGCAUCUGACCACGCACGUGCACCAGCUGUCACCGCGCCCGUGAGAGGAGGGCCGACGGAGGCGUCCGCGCAUGUCGGUCCUCUGUCGGAAGUGAGGCGCGUCACCGAAGCAACACCGUAACCGUACCGUAACCUACCUAAAAAGGGCGGGAGAUGCGGACUCACUGCUCCAUCCGGGAUGCGGUCAGCGAGCACCAGCACCUCUCGUUCGUGCAACGCAAAGCAAUACCAGUCUACAACUAAUCCUCCACAAUUUUACUAGUGAUCACAUUAGUGCUAAAAAGAGAGACAACUAUUAACGCGAGAGAGCGAGAUAAAGGAAUGGAUAAAGCUCCAUCAAAAACACACACACACACUGACAUGGAGCGAAUUUGUGACACAACCACAUUUAAGGCUAGCUGUAUUUGUAGCUGCAACUUUCGUCUAUUAUCGUUGUUGUACGUGAACACUUUACCGUAUAUAUAUAUGAAGAAGCACACAUACACAGAAAACGCAACAUUAGCUUGUACUCCGUGCAGAGUGCCAGCCAGCCAGCCAGAAGAGAAAACUCACACACACACACAAUCACGCACCGGCCACGCACACGGUUCAAAGUGGAACAAAUUUACCUCAGGCAAGCGCACCGAUUAUCCGGAACCGUACCGGAUCUCUAUCAACAACGACACAUACACACAUGGAACCAUCGGCCGAUAGCAUCCGUCCGUCAUCUUACCGGGACGGAGUACCGUGACUGCGGGAUGGCUAACAAUAUGAGAGUGAUGGCUCGUAAGUAAGCUUAAAGCGAGAGAAAGAGGGAGAGAGCGAGAGAGAGAGCAGAAAUGAUAACAAUAACUAUGGCGCUAGGGAGAAAGGAUGCUGCAGCCCCCAGCAGGCAAAGGCCUCGCUCUCAAGUCGCUUGGGUCUGACAGGUUGGUCCAGAUCAGGUUCAUCGACGAAAAGCGAACCGAAAAGCGAGGAUUUGACAGAUCUCCUACAAGAAAGUCCCCAAUUAAUUAUCUGUGAUUUUACGUCAUAACUAAACUCUGGUGCACAAUCUUUGAAAUGCGGAAUGGAGUACUGGUGAACGGAACAGCACGAACGAAUGAAUGUUUAGGAACGGAAGCUGGAUGUGUUAUCGUAGGAUAGUAAACAUACAACCUAAGCCACUAACUGGAUUAACUAUGGCGUCCAUUGUACAGUGAAAGUUACCAAACACACACACACAAACACACAAACACGCAAUACACCACAAAACAGCACAAACAGCGUUACACAGCUCGGGUUUUAGGUUGAUUGUGUACGGAUGAUUUUUUUUUUCGGGGAUAGUGUCUGUUUUUGUGUUUUGUGCGACUGUUAUGGCCCCCUUGUCAACGAAACGAAAUUUGUAGUAGCUGUGUAGUGUCCGCGCUGCGGUUGGUCUUCUUGACAAUGGGCCUGCAAUCGUUUUAAUCGAACCUAGAGUAUAUAUAUACACGAGAAGGUAAUAUUUAACGCAGUUUGCAGUAGGUAACCGAGCGGCCCUGGGAGGGAAUGAAGCAUGGGGGGAUAGCAGGCAGCUGGCCAUAGGACAAGGUACUACGGUACACAUUAGACGUGCACGGAGGAGAAAACGAAGCAGCAGAAGAAGAAGAAGAUAAAAAAACAACAUACAACUGAAUGUGAUUAUUUUCUAUAUAUUCAACAGAUUUAAGCUAUUUAUACUUAUACAUGCAAAGCAGAGAUUCAAUAGUGAUUUUACACGAACAAGGAACAACGUAAUGUAACGCAACAAGCAAAAACCCCUAAAAAUCCGUCUCGUUAAAUUGGUACCCAAAAACAGCAAAAAGGCGCAAGCAAAAAAACGGAACAGUAGUACGGGUAAGGUGAGGCAUGAAGAUCCCGUCGGCCAUAUUGAUUGCAACAGGUGGAAACAGAAAUCGUCCUUCCGAAAACCAAAAGAAAACAUACACAUGCAAGCAACGGAAACUAUGUUAACUUCACACCAAUCAACCAAAAACCAAACUAACCUAAACCAAACCGUACUCUAAGAGAAACAGAAGAAAGAGAGAGCGGGGGGAGAGAGAGAGAGAGCGGGACAGAGAACGUGAAGCAACCUUAACUAAGCAGGCAACUGAUACCAAGAGAAAUAUUAUACAAGCGCAACUCUCAGCAGCAAGAAAUAAGGUUUUGAGUUACUUUUAUACAUUCUAUAUUUAUAUACACGUAAGCCAAAGGAGAUUUUUACCGCAGUCGAUUGCAACUUGUUAAUAAGCGCUCUAAGCGCCUGCCGUAAGCAACUACCACCCCGGGUGAAACGUUUUUGAAGACGUCAUACUAAUGCCAGAGAACCAGAUACACACAUACACCCAUCCUCACCGAGAAACCAAGAUAGCCAUUAACAAGAUAGCCAACAUGGCGGGAGAAAGUAACUUUGUUACUGCAAAACCUUUUUAUUUCCAACUCCAACCCACAUACAAAACACAAGACUACCGGUUAAGUGUAUAUAUACAAUGUUUUUUGAUACAUAAGUACACAACGCUUAUUUAAAUGAAUAAGUACACACGAGGCCGCCAUCCAGGGCGAAAGCAACUUUAAACCAGAACAUAGAACAACGAAAACGGACUUGCGCAGUGUGCUCUGUUUUUUUAAACCACAAGAGAGAUUUUAUUUUUAUUCCCAUACAAACGAGAACCAGCGAUAGGAAAAAGAGCGAGAUAGAGAACGAGAGAGAGCGAGAGAGAGAAAACUGAGGUCUAAUAGUUACAGCGAGCACUAUGAUGGUGAACUCUUGCUGGACUCCGGCCUACUAAGAAACCAGUACUGCAAACCAUAGUGGAUGAUACACAACUCGGAUACGGAUCGAAACGAUUGCGAAACGAACCUUCUGUCAUUUAAGGUUGAGACAAAAACGCUGUCAAAAACCCGUCGAACGAACGUGGUACGCUGAGUUGCGGACAAUUUAGUUUCCCUCGUGAUAGUGAAACGAACACACGACACAACAGCACCCAGUUGAUGAGGGACGCGGGCGCCAUCUUUUACGCGCCACUACUCUGUGUUUGUAGUGGACGAGCGCUGUCACUGGUAGUAGUGGUUAGCAUCCAGACACGCAUACGUGUACGGAAUGGGGAAGGGGGAAAAAGGAUACAAUUUCACUGUGCCAAAUUAAAUGUACCUCAGAUUAACACAGACAAAUGCAGCACCAUACUUAACACAUCACGUCACUAACACAUUCUCACAGAUAGGCGAAGAAAUGUCAAAAUGGAAAUGACGGAAGCCGGUCAUGUAUUGGACCGUUCGGUACAGCAAGUACGGUGUCAGUAAUCAGCUAAAGCAUACAAACACUUUUACGCUUCCAAACAACCCACUCAGACACACACACAGUCUUACACGCAAACACACUAUUAAUAUUAAUAUGAAAGCAAACAAUGUGUAUUCGGUGUCGUUUUUUGUGUUUUACCAGAGCAGAGUAACGCGCUGGAAAGGCAAAUGCAAAUGCUACUAAUACAUCUUAGAAAACUCAAAAAUUCAUUACUAUAUAAGUGUCCGUUUUUCGCAAACCAAAAGAAGAAAAAAAGCAAUUGAAAGCUGACAGCUAUGUGUGUGUUAAAAAACACACACACAUAGACAUACACUCUUGGAACCAUAGUUCAUGGCUAGUACACACUAUUUAAAUCGAUGUCGUGUAAUGUUUGUACCAUUUUGCAGCAACAAGCAGAAGCAACUAAGAAAAAAGAAAAACAAAAGUAAGACAUGAAGGCAAAAUGAUCUACUCAAAAUUAAAUGUUUGUUCAUCAAAGCUAAGAUGCGUCCAAUAUGUGUGUGUGUGUGAGCAGAAAACAAUAUUAUUGCAGAUGUAAGCCAAGCGUCAGGACACUACUGUCACAACUGUCAAACGGCAGGGAAUAGUAAGCAUGCACACGCCGCGUUUAUGCAACCUGGGACUGUACGCGUCCCGCGACCCAGCUGACAAUGUGAGGCAGCAUGACAGCAUGAUUGUAUUGUUAAGAUUUACGUGUAUCGAUAUAUCAAAACGACGCUGAUUGAGAUUCAAUUAAGUUCCUACCGAUAAGACUAACAGCAUCAGGGCGUUAUGUAUAAUAGUUGAGUUUUGUGGAGGGCGCAAACGGCAUGUAUGGUGGACGAGCGAGCUGCAAAAGUUAGGACAUACCCCAAAAUAAGCGUCCCCUACUCUACAGCAGGAAGACUGCCUACUGUUUCCACAGUCGUACAAUCAUCAAGGAAUUUGAUUAUCAAAACGAAAAAAAUGUGUUUUCAUAGUGGUUCGUUCGUUCGUUGCGUGUUAUUAGUUUCUAUUUCGUUUCUGUGUCAAAGCCAUCGUUUAACGCCAUCGCUAGUAGCAGCAGCAGUAGUAGUAGAAGUAGUAGUAGUAGUAGUUUGAGCGUUUCGUUUUCAGAUGCAAUCAGAGGCUGUCUCCUGUUUAUUUUUUUGUUUCUAGCUAGUAGAAAGCGUAUAGCGGAAUGGGACUGAAAUGGGUACAGUGUGACACGCACACACAUACGCACACCGUUGGAUGGCUCUUCCGGAGUGAUCCGGAACGUAGGCCGAGAGAGUGAGAAAAGGAUGAGGGAGUGAGACACGGCAUUGAGGGAUCUGAACGUAACGGGGGUUUCUUUAGCAGAGUAACUAGUAACUGGAACUGAAUGUGUAUUUUUUGAAACGUGUUGUACAAAUUUUUUUAGUCCAAAAGAGGAGGGGGUUGGGGGGAGGGAUUUUUGCAAAACAAGGCAAGGAUAAUGGAGGGGGGGCGGUAUGGGCGCUUGGCGCAACGUUAGGGUUAAUAUAGAUUUAAUGAUGAGCAACACGUCAGUCUUGAAGUAUGCUACGAGGAGCCGCUUGAAUCUGGACGCGAACACGUCCAUGUUGUAUAUCUUCAGAACCUGGGGGCAAUGAAUCUACAACCACUACAAGACAGACACCACCACCAUUACUAACCCUUGGCUCAGCAAGACUGAGCGAUGAACACAGAUAGGAGUUGGUUUCCACGUAAUACGUACCGUACGCGAAAAUUAGAGUCACAGCCAAACACGACCGGACCGGAUACACGUUCGGGCCGGGUCAACUCUGCCACAGACGUCCAGGGUGAAGAAGUGAUGCCUUCUUUUUUUGUUUUGGAGGGAGAGGUAUCGCUCUUUUCAAACAAGACAACCGGCUUCCAUCUUAAUCGCUCGUAAGAUCUAAUAAGGAGAAAUCACACACACACACAUACAUACACACAAAUCACAUUCAUUCAACACCGUAUUACCUACCAGAAAGCAAAUGUAAUGAAACAAAAACCAACAGACAAAUUGAAUAACUGAAGCAAUAUUGAAGUGUGACUAAUCGUUAACUGAUCGCAAGUCAUGUCGAACGAGAUCUAUUACGUUUGUAAGCACUAGUCCGUAAGCAACAUGCAAUACAAUGUAAGCGUAAACUAACUUUUGCAAUUCUUGUGUGUGACAAACGGCACAUGACAGCUGUCACCAUGACUGUGUCAGUAGUAUCCGUGCACUACCAACCGACUGCGCACUGAGAGACAGGUGGUGUGGUGAUGAGAUUAGCGAGAAUUUAGUGAUAUAUUACAUAUUAAGUGCUAGGAACUCUUAUCUCUCAACCAUUGCAUCCAUGUUGGCGCGAUAAGAGCGAGAGAGAGAGAGAGUGAGAAGAGUAUUUAUGGCUGGACAUUGACAAAUCUACAACAUAGCGCAGAAUAGUGGUAAUCGACGUCUGACGGGCUCUCUCUCUCACUCUCUUGUCUGCAUGCAAAGUGUGGAGACAUAUACUACUUGCAUAAAUGUAGGUGCACUAAGCGGAUAAGGUUAGGUUAGGAAAGGGUUUUCCGAAUGGAGAACCAAACUCACAGCCGACACACUUGACCAGAUUUUAUCUACUACCGGCUAAGGGAAUGCUGAGCCGUAGCUGAAUGUAUAAUGUAAGUGUUACUAGUUUUGCUUCGUUAAAUAUUUUGUCACCUGUUUUGUGCAGUGCCGGGGGAUGGGCGGCAAAGCAAAACAAACAAAACUCUAAACGAAACUGAUUCUUUAACGUUCGUACUGCCAGAACUACCAAUACUUUCCAAUUAGCGUGUUGAGUUUCCUCAUAACCUCAAUCGUUGCCGGGAACGAUGCAAGGGUGAUAGACAAACUAGGCUAAGAGCGGGCAAAGUCCGGCUAGCAAUAUAACCAAAACUAAGGCCAUCAGCGCAACGUCGACCGAUUUACUACUGAAACUGAUUUUAGAUGAAUGCACAAUAACGAAGUAACGCACAGGCGUUACGCCGUGUAUAACGAAACCCACCAAAACCACAAAACCCGGUACUGUCCGGAUGAUGUGCUACGUAAUAUGUUCUUUCGUUUCAGGGCGCCUAAUGCUUACAAUACAUAACACAACGACCGUCUUUACCCCGCACCCGCCACACGACUCGAUCGACUACUGCCGAUUUACUUUUAACGUAACACGCGUAACGACGACGACUUUGCUGUAAAAACAAAACCAGUAAGAAUCACCCCGGAUGCAGCGCUAAUAGCAGUAAGUACCGACAGAAUCUUUGUCGUUGCCGCCUGUGAUAUAACAGUGAAACCUAAAAGCCAAUACCAUCAAUAGUCCAACCGAAACACACAUAAACACGCAUACAAACAUAGUUACCAUUAACAGAUAGACGUCUACUGCCCUGCAGGAAACGAUAAGCAAACACAUGGAGGUUGAUAGAUUGAGCAUUAAAGCAUGGGAGAAGAAAAGCAAGAGAGAGAGAGAGAGAUUGUGAGAAAUUUUUUUUCUUUCCCUCUUAUACACUGGCACUAAUUUCUAUAGCAACACACCUAUAUUUUGGUUGGUGUAACUCAAAAAUGGUUUAAAAAUUGGUCUUUGAAUUUUUGUUUUAAUUUUAAACAAAUUAAAAAAAUAUAUAUAUAGAUCACCAUUUUCUUUAGCCGUACUAAACACACUAUCGCAGUUCAUAUUAUCCCAUGUAUACUUUUAACAGUUCAUGUAUAAUAGGACAGUUAAAACUAUCGUCCAAUAUUUUUCAAACUUUUUCAUAUCAGUUUUCCCCAAAACCAGUGAAACUGCACUCCCGAAAUCGAUCAUACCAUCAUCGGUACCAUCAGUCCCAUGGAAAACUAGCGGAAAAAAUCCCAUGCAUAUUUUCCAUUAUUAUUCGGAAAGGUUGGGGGGAUCCGGUGGCCCAGGUGACAACGGCACCGGUCUUUACACGGCUGGAUUGGGGGCUCAAAUCCUAUCCAGACCGCCUCCCCGUACGCAGGGAUGACUACUUUGCUACGGGUAAAACCAAGCGACACAAAGCCAGAGAUGGCAGGCCAGACUCGCAUGACAAAUAACAUUUUAUGUUCAUGUCAUUAAGGUUUCCGUAUAAAACAAAUUUUUAAUAAGCUGAAAUUAUCACACAGUCUAGUAAGCCAGGUAGGCAGGCAUGAUCUAAGAGGUCGUUAGACCAAAGAGGAAGAAGAAGACUUAAGAGGUCGUUAGGCCAAUAAAGAAUAAACAUGCACCUUUUAUGUGAUAAUUUUUGUCAAUCGGUCUUAGCUGUUUUGAAUGUAAAACUGUUAUAAAUUUAUUAUUAUUUCUACUUAAGACAGUUUUAGUUUCUUUCUCCAGUAUAAAAUGCUCGCAGGAGCAGUUUCGAUUAAUGGCGGCUUUAGAAAAUGGUAUCUUGAUUUUUCCACAAAAAAAUUUUUUUUUGUUUAGAUUUAUUUAACUAUGUUGUGGAAAUUUCUAGGAAAUGUUUUAAUACAAGCAAAAAUUUAAAAAAAAACUGAUAAGGAGAAGUAACACGUCAAUUUGAGGUGAAGCUAUAGAAAUUGUUGGCAGUGUACUACCUUUGUGUAAGAGAGCAGAACCGGCACAGAUCAUGAGAAUGCUGCCCAAUCGCAUUCACACAAAGACACAUUUAUUUACUUAUUCAACACUGCCUUAGUGAACAUUUCUCUUGACGUUUUUCAAACGCUAGUAUAGGUUGAUGCUAGGUGCUCGACCAUUUUUUUCUGUUUGUAUGUAUAGUGGCUGACGAAAUUGUGACGGAAAUAUUCGGAACCUUGCAUCACGACAACUGUUGGCUUGAGUCAACAUACAAUUGGAACACACACACACACACGCAAAUUGGCAAACCGAUCGGAAACCCUAGUUUGUAGGUAAUUAACAGGAGCGCCCAGCAUGUUUGGUCUGGCUUGGGUCGUCUCACUGUCAACUAUUAGUAACCGCACGUUGACAGCUCACAGUGACAGCUAAGCAAAGCACCACUACCGGUAAACACAUAGGGUAGUGUGUGUGCGUACAUGUGUGUGCAAAAAGUUAAUUGCGUUUAAAUUGCGAAUACGGUACGGUGGUGGGAGCUAAAUUAGAGGUAGGAAUUUAAAAAAAAUUAACCCAAAAAAAUUUAAAUACAUCUAAGGAUUUAAAAAAAAACCAAACAAAAUUUGUACAUUUUAUGGAGGGGCAAUAGACUUGGUAGUUAAAUCAAUUUUUAAAUUAUCUGUUUCAUUUUUCGCUGUAAAAAAAUUAACUUUUUUCCCAGCAAUUGUGAAAAAGGAUUUAUCCGGCGAUGAAACUAUCCAGAUAUCUAGGUAGUAGUGAGGCAAAACACACAGCUCGCUAGCUGAGAAGGGGCCGACAGAUUAAGUGAUACAGCUGAAGAAGGAACGAAAGAGAGAGAGAGAAGGAGAGCGAAAAUAUGAGGAAAAUAUUUAAAAUUACUGUACUUACUUACUUCAACUGUUUUUCUUGGCUAAAAUGGUGAACUUUGAAAAAAAUUAGUACCCGUGCCGUGGCAAAUUGAAGUUGUUGUAGCGUUCAAUUACACACACUAUUACAAAUUAAAUCGUAUAUUUGAAUGAGAGAGAGAGAGAGCUAGGGAGAGAAGAGACAAAACAAAGCCCCCCUUCCCCUCCUCACCCCCCGAAAAAAUGCUCCGAACCGAGGCAGUGGACAGAUACACUCAAAAACAAAUACUAUUCGGUGUUGUGACUUACUAACAUUACAUUAUUAACAUUCCAUUGCAAAGUGAUAUUUGGAAUGCAAUCGAGUGACGGCAGGUGUUUAGGAUUAAUGGCGCGUGGCAAACACUAUUACACUAUCGAUGUGCACGACCAGAUGAUAAGACUUAACGCAAUGGGCGGUAGCGAACGAGCGACUGAGUGGCACAGAUGUUACAGAUAUUAUUAGCUGCAAGGACAGGAAUGUUGGACAGAUUGAACUGCCGCACCAGGCAAGGCAUGUCGAUUCCCAUGGCAGGCAGGCAAAACUAAACGAUGAGGAACAUAAACGAACAAACACCCAUGCACAUAAGCAUACAAAAAAAAACCUAACAAAAAAAAUGAGAUGUACUUUUCCAUUCAUAUGUGUGUGUGUGUUUGUGUAUUUUAGAGAGCAAUAAUAUAUAUAUACAUAUAUACAUAUAAAAGUAAACCAACUAAACGUCACAUGCACGGCAACCACUGUACUAAGUACAUGCGGAAUGCGGAUGUGUCAAAUAGAGCUGAGCUGAGGUUUACUCUAGGCGGCGCUAGUAAAACGAGCAUGGUUCGAGCUGCAUUAGCUCAAGAAAAAGAUGUAUUGGAAAUGGAAUGAUUGUGAUAAAGUUUAAAAAAAAGAAAAUAUUAUUAAAAAGUAAAACGCAUACAAUUAUCGUAAAUACAAAAAAAACAGAAAGACAGAGCGCGAGAGAGAGAGAGAGAGAUUAAAACAUACAAGAAAGAUAUGACAAAAAACACUAAGAAUAAAUGUAUCCCUCCUCGUAAACAGAUAGGAAAAUGAUCUCUUUCGCUAAAAAAAAAACAAAGAGAGCAAGAAAGAGAUAACAAAAACAAGCGAUAAGAAACGAGUGAAAGAGGGGGAGAGCGAGAGAGUGGGCAAGCUGCAAUAUAGAGGGCGCUGAUCGCGCCAUGUUGAAAGGUGUGCGUACUAAAAAUGGCACCGUCGAAGCUCGCCACUACUACACCAAGAGGUAGAGAUCCAGAGGUUUGGAUGCCUCUGUGUUUACGGUUUGUUUUUUGUUUACUAUUUUUUGUUUUGUUUUGUUUUGUAGGAAGGUAAAAACGGAUUAACAGAAUAGUAAGGUGAAAGAAUAUUCAUAUUAAGCGCAGGGGCAUUAACACAUACACAUUCUACCACGCACACCGUCACACACACACACAUAGUUUCUGAUAAGAUGGCGGCGGCACAAUUGACAAGAGAUGUACUUUGAUCGAAAUGGUUUCAAUAACAACAACAAAAAAGAGGGUUAAAAGGGAAGAGGAGAACAAAAUGCAGACGCACGCAGCAGUGUUAUUUGUGCGAAGCGAAAGUGUAUAGCUGAAACUGAGACUCAAUUUAGAAAUGCAGGAAAUAGAGAAGAACAAAAAUAUAAUACGCGCGUGUGUGUGUGUGUGUGUGUGUGGAAGAAACAAAAAUCACAAAGGAAAAUGGUCGAUUAGCAACCCAAAACAAAGGAGAACAAAAUGAAAAGUAGAAGCAAACAAAACGAAAUGAGCGAAACACAAGCAAAAAAACAACAAAAAAAACUAUUAAAAUAAUUGAAGAAGAGGAAAAAAACACUCACAUACACACACACACAUACAAAUGUUUUUUACAUAUUGUCCGCCCAUAAGUAUUCCAAAAUUCUCAAUUAUAAUGUGUGUUGUGUACUACAUUCGCAAUCUAUUUCCUCCUUUACAUGGCAACGAGAGUACAUAAAACGAAUGUGACUAAAAAUGUGAAGCUAAAAGUAAGAAGAAGAAGAAGAAGAAGAAGAAAACAAAAGAUACACACAUACACACACAAGCAAACAAAAACUCCCUUAGCACACCGGUAAAAAUUGAAAGCAGAGAGAGGUGGUCUUGUAUUUUAUGGAAGAUGAAGCAAGCCGAAGAAGAAAACCCGGUCAAUGCACUGAUUGGUAUAAUUGGUAUUAAACAAAAAAUGUAUUCUGUUAAACCUAUUCUGAAAGCUCUCUCUCUCUCCCUCUCUUUAAUCACAACGGCAGCGCACAUUCUUCGCGCGAACACUAUUUUAUAGACAAAAAAAAAGCGGGAAGGCGAUAUUAGAGCGUGCUUGUGUGUGUGUGUGGGUGUGAUAGUGUGUGUGUAUAAACAAAAAAAGCUAAAUGAAAACGUCCGCCAUGUUUGUUUCUUGGAGUGUAGAAAAUGGCACUUAUACAUCCACACACACAUACAUACUCGAGCGCGCUCGCAUACUGAAGGACUGAAGAAUUAGAAAAGCAAACAAAAAACACCCACACACACACACAAACAAUUUAAAUGGAGGUGGGGCAAAACAAAAAACCGGAGGGGAAACCAAGACCUAGCACAAACACACACCUACACAAGGAAAUGAACAAAUUUUUAGGCAAUUUUUCACAAGCAUCUAAACCUUAUAUACAAAAUGCAAGCGACAACAAACAACAACAAAAACGUUGACGUUGGCGGCAGUUUAAUCGAAGUAAAACAUCACACGCACACACAUUUACACACACACACACAAAUACACGUACACAAUUAAAAACUAAACACUAUUUCUUGUAAGAGAAGCUUUCGGUGUCCAAUUUAUACGGGAGAGAUGUGGAAACGAUUGUGAGAGGAAUUAUUAAGUGAAAACGUACACAAACACACGCACACACACACACACAAAAUACCAAAAAAAAUACAAAAAAAAAGAAAGAAAAGUACACAAUUAUGGCAAACGAAACGAAAUCGACCUGAACGAAAGCAGUUGAAGCGAACUAGAACGAAAGACUUCAACGCCAGUAGAGACGAGGAACGGAUUUUUUGUUAAAUUUUAUUUUUUAAAGUAGAUUGAUGAUUCUGUUUGUGGCUGUGUUUGGGAAGUAGAUUAUAGAAGUAGAUUAUAACUGUUAAUUAGUUAGAUUUUGUUCCUUUCUUCUGUUGUUAUUGUCUUCAUUUAUAGUCAGGUACAGGGUGUUUCGGGUAACAUUUGACAUCUUAUAUUUUUUGUUCCUUCUGUAAAUCUUUACUACUCGAUAUUUAAAAGUUUGAGCCCUCCUUCUUCCUUUAUGUUGGAACGGAUAGGUGACUAAAACCCUUGCUGAAUUAUGGCAGAGAAUAGCUUGCGUCAUGAUGAUUCGAGCCGACCCUCAAAAUAUUUAUUAUCACUACCGUUGUCAAAUGCUUUUUGAGGACAGGAAAGCAAAACAGACCUUAACUAGAUUUUUUUUUAUGUAAUACAGAUUAAAUUUCCUCAAACCUCUGUUGGCUUUCGGAUAUUUAUCCUCUGAAGGCGAUGUGAUGCAUCUCCACCGCCCAAAGAGGGCCCCUUCAGGUGCCUUCUAAGCACUGUAGCACUUCCAGAGCCUUGGACCCUACAUGGAAUAUUGUGGUAUGGGGCAAUGUUGCAAAAGAUACCAAUCGCACUUCCAGCAAUACAAAACUCGAGGUAAUGGAUAAAAUGAAGGCCCUUCUCAGAGGGAAUUUGUUGUUGUAGUGGGUAGUUGUCGACCCAAGAACCUACCCGGUCACGAAGCCACCCGUAACCGACCCCGGUAGCUUUGACGAGUCCGAGUAGGUUUGUCGAUGCUACGAGCGUCACGGAUUGACCCGAACACCUCAUUUCAUCCACGAGUCGAACUCGAUUCCCAUAUAGACGAUAAAGACUCCUGGUCAUUGUAAUUUAAGUUGCCUUUAUUUAUCUAGUUUUUGAUUGAUGAUUUUCUGUUGCCCUACGCAAACUGUCAAACUUAACUUGACCACCCUGUACUUUAUGUUCAUUCGCCCUAAUGAACUAUAAGAAAUGGUUUGGACGGCAUUCACUUUACAGUUUACGGUUGUCAAAUAGAAAUUCAGACAUACAAACACACACACACACACACACCUACCGAUACAGCUACUAAUAGCAACAACAACAAAAACACCCAUCGCGUCACUGCAUCUGUCACCCAGACAGCAUCACAAAAAAAUGCUCCAUAGCUCCGGCAGACGAAAGAAGAAACAAAAAAAAAGAGGCUAAACAAUAUAUUGUGCAGGUCACGAACAAAACGAAAAGAAAACCCCCCUUAAAAGGUAAAAUAAAGUUAAAUAACAAGAAACAAAAAAAAAUCACAAUAAUAUUUUUUGAUACGAAACAUUUUUACAAAACCCGGCGUUUACGAAACGAAACGAAGAAUAUUAGUGAGGAAGCGGAGAAACAAAACGAAAACAAUACAAAACGCAAAUAGAAGAAGCAAACACAGCAAAGAAGACCAAGACAACAAUUGUGCGAGUAGUACAGCACCAACACAACCAUUCAAACUUACAGACACACACACACAUGCAAAGGGACUAAUUAGCAAAUCUCCUGAUUCUAAAGGAGAAGUCCUCAAGCCCAACCAAACCAAUGCAAGCUCAUAAUCGGUUUCAUUUAAUUUGAAGCUCUUUUACUUUAACGAACUGAUCGGUCCCGCAAUUGGCAUGUAUAUGUGGUAGGAAGGAAAAAUUAAGGUAAAACACAGACACACACAUAGACACAUACACUGAAAUUCGAACGUCCAAAAUUUACUUCAUUGACAUCCUGCUACUACGAGUUAAAUAAUUAAGUAAAAGCGAGCCAAAACAAAAGAGCUAUUCGACCGUGCAUCAAACGACCAGGCUAUACUAUCGGGCUAAAGGCAAGCACAUUCGGAAAAAGAAAACAAACAACAAAAAAUUAAAUUGAAAAGCAAAAUUCUCAAAAAUUUAUCUCCUUCUUCGCGCACUGCACUCUGGAAGGAGAAACUUAAAACGAGGAAAAUUAGUAAAAAUUUGCCUAAUGGGAAAACUUAACACCGGUGGGACACAUAAUUCGAUACAACAACAAAAAAUUGAUUAAAGCAAACUUGCUAACUUGCUGGAAGGCUAACACACAAGCGAACUCUCAAAAUUUUGAACACACAAACUCAAUGCUGUCCUGGACAGGCAACGUGUUUGGUGGCGAGUGGAACCUUCAUCGCCCCCAUCAACCCCUCAACGGAACAAGAUCGUCAACCCGUGUCGCUAAACACACACCAAGCAAACAAACUCACUCACUCCACUCCAUCUAGUACAUACGACGAGAACAAACCGUUUCAAUACACGCACACACACAACCAAACCACACGAACACACAUUGUCCAGCAGAAGAGGCGAAGCAAAAAAAAAGUAUAUUAAAUUAUGUGGAAACAAAAAACUAAAACUCCCCCCAAACAAAAAAAAAGAAAACCCAAAAAAAAAACGAACGACACACAAACACACACACUUCUUAAUUCUUGUUGUAAUAAAUGUUAUAUUUAUUGAAAAAUA